UGCGCCAAGGGGCUCGACCGCGCUCUAGUCCCGAUCUGGCUAGAGAUAUCGCCGAUGCCAAGCCAGAUUAUCUUAUCAAGAUCUGUUCCGCGCCAAUCAGCGGCAAGGGCGCUGCCGUCGCCGCCGCCGAGAUCAGCGGCGCAGCAGCAAAUCCCAUCAGUCCGAUGCGCUAGCCCGACACUCGCCAGUUCACACCAAAACACGCCGUCUCUUCGUACUCGCACACUGGUCGGUCAAUGGCGGACGGCAGACGUCCUUCGCACGCGCAUGUGGUGCCUCCGUACCACCUCCACCCUCGCACCGACAUGGCCGCACCUCCCUCGCCUCCACGCCACCUGUGCGAUUCGCUCCCACCACAUCCUCCUCCUCCUCCUCCGCCGCUCGGUACAAGCACCGGCAUUGAAGCGAUUCCCUACUCCUAUCCAGCCAUGAUGAACAACUCGUCCGACGAAGAAGGCCGCCCUCCCCGCUACACACGAGAAAAUGACCCUUUCCAACUCUCUUCCAAGCUCAAGAGCGACGCCGAGAUCGACUCUAUCCCGGCAAACACGGCUCGACGACGCAAGUUUCCAAAGCCAAAUGGCACCAAAUCCUCUGCGAAACAGCUCCAGGGAUUUUACAGGUCCCAGAACGCUAAUAUCGAGCGACUGCUAAAACCGGUCGAUGAGCACGUUCGACUCGCCCGCGAACUCAACACGCAGAACCAAUUGCGUUACAGGAUCGCCGUUUACGGCAGCUUCGCCGCAAAUGUGGUUUUGUCCAUCCUCCAGCUCUACGGCGCCAUCGCGUCUGGGUCCCUGUCGCUCUUCACCACCAUGGCAGACUCGGUGUUCGAUCCACUCUCCAACCUGACCUUGCUCCUGUGCCACAAAGCCGUAAAGCGGGUCGACGCACGCAAGUUCCCGGCCGGAAAGGCCCGUAUUGAGACCGCCGGAAACAUAUGCUUCUGCUUUCUGAUGAUGGCCGUGUCGCUCAUCCUGAUCGCCUUCUCGAUUCGAGACUUGGUUGACGGGAGCGAGGAGGAGACUUUACGAUUCAGUCUACCGCCCGUCAUCGCAGUCAGCAUCGCUUUUGCCACGAAAUUCCUCCUAUUCCUGUACUGCUGGGCGCUUAGAAACCAGUACUCCCAAGUCAGAAUUUUAUGGGAAGAUCACCGAAAUGACCUGUUAAUCAACGGCUUUGGUAUCCUGACUUCCGUCGGAGGAAGUAAGCUGCGAUGGUGGAUCGACCCCAUGGGCGCCUUGAUCCUCUCGGUCCUGAUCUCCGCCCUGUGGUCGAAAACCGCAUACUCCGAAUUUCAACUGAUCAUCGGCGUUACGGCAGAUACCGAAAUGCAACAACUAAUCACUUAUAUCUCAAUGACCCACUCACCCCUGAUUAAUGCCAUCGACACCGUUCGUGCCUAUACCUCCGGACCCCGUCUUCUCGUGGAAGUCGACAUCGUGAUGGACCCCGAGGCAUCCCUCCGAGCAACGCAUGACGUAGCGGAAGAACUCCAGUUCAAACUCGAGAGUCUCCCGGACGUGGAGCGCGCACAUGUUCACGUCGAUUAUGAGACGACCCACAAACCGGAGCAUUUCUUGAAGAAGGAGCUGUAAAGCGCAGAUUAUAUAUCCUUAAUACGGUGCGGAGUCGUGAAUGGGGUCGGGCGGGGUGUUUGUAUGGGGCAAAGUCACGACGAGUUGGCGAAUUAUAUAACAAGUCCAAAUUAGUUACCUAUAUUCCUUUUUUUCUCCCUUUUUCCCCUUUUGGCCCCAGCCCGGAUCACAGGGGAGGUCGUCAUUGCAUGUGCAAAGAAACGGAGUACGGAGUUCUGGAUUGCUUUACAGAAAAAUGUACAGGACAACAGCAUGCUACUUGUAUAGGAUAUACCCGAUUCGCUUGCUAAGAAAACUCCGGAUUAUCAUGUCUCUUCCAGCUUUU